AAAACAGAUUCAGUUCGUUUUCGUAAUUGUGUAGCAUGCUGUGCAUUGUUUUUUAUUCAGGGAAAACUUUUCAUUGUUUCUGAGAGCCACUUCAAAAAAACAUCUGCUAGCCAGUGAAAAAAAAAAAAAAUUAUUUAAAUUUUUCAAAUCAAAAGUCUUAGUAUUGCAUACUCGUUGAUUCGCAAAACCUGUGAAGACUCCUAUUCUUCAAGAUGAGCUUUAACGACGAGGAUGGCGAGCCAUCAGAGCGGCGUGUGGUGGAGGAGGAGGAGAAGCCGGCGCCUUCAUGGGUUGCUUGGUGCGAGCGCAACUCUCAGCCCAUUAAGCGAAACUUACCCAGAGAGCCUCGGUAUCUGACGCGUUGGCAAAAGCCUGGACCCAUGAGAAAAAAGGAAUGGAAACAGUUCUUUGCGUGGGCAUUGGAGAAAGCGAUGCCAAAGGAGCUGCCCAUAGUGGAGGUGCCCAUACCGUGCGCUCCCAAAUAUUUGCCGUGUGCCCGUGAGCCGAAAAAACCAGAUCCGGAGGCUCUGGCGGAGAAAAUGGAGCAGCUGUCCAAGCCACUUGAGCGUAAGAUGACACCCAAAUACGUGAAAGAGAAACCAUUCUAUCCCUACUCUCCGGUCAUUGUGUGGGGCCAGCCCGCAAAGCACGAUAAGGGCCGACCCUUCCCGCCACCCUUCAUACCCUGCUUUUUCGCAAAUGACGAACUAGAAGAUGAUUUCUGGGCCGAGAUGCGUUUCCCAGUGCGUCCGGCCGCCCUGAAAGCGCGCCCGUCUCCGCGGAUACUUAGCUUGGCCAAGCCCCAAGUCAAGCCGCAAAAUCCGCCACACUGUCCCAUUCCGAAGAGGUCACCUGACCCACUGGAUGUGCCGCCGCCGAAGCGCAAGAAAUUCACACCACAAGGAUGGCGUUUGCACCAAAUACGGUUGAUCUACCUCUCAAAGCCGGUGUCAAGACCAGAGUUCGAGUAUUUCUAUAUGUGAAUCAAUUAGGCUUAUUUGUGUCUUUUAAAUUCUAAGUACUUAGUCCGGGGCUCGUAUUAAAAAUGUUAAGUUAAAUCCCA